AUGUACACAUUAAUGAGUGGCUUAAAUGCAAAUGUGCCAUUUAUAGAUGAAGACCACAGAUGGAAAAGAGCUAGAAUCAUCCAGGCUGAGGUACCGGGAGCCGGCGCGGCCCCGCGCGAUGGCGCGUCACUUCCGGCCGGCCGCCCCUCCCUCCGGCGCGCCGUGAUUGCCAUGGCGGAGCAGCGGGGGCAGCGGCCCGGGGUCGGCGUCGGGGUCGUGGUGACCAGCAGCAGGCACCCUCGCUGCGUCCUCCUGGGCAAGAGGAAAGGCUCGUUGGGAGCCGGAAGAUUCCAGCUUCCGGGAGGCCAUCUGGAGUUCGGUGAAACCUGGGAGGAAUGCGCUCGCAGGGAGACGUGGGAGGAGGCGGCGCUGCAGCUGCGGAACGUGCGCUUCGCCUCGGUGGUCAACUCCUGCGUGCAGGCCGAGGGCUACCACUACGUGACGGUCCUCAUGAAGGCAGAGGUGGACGCGGCUCAGGACGCGGAGCCCAAGAACGUGGAGCCCGAGAAAAACGAGAGCUGGGCGUGGGUUCCUUGGGACGAAUUUCCUCCAGCAGAUGAGCUUUUCUGGGCGCUGCGCUGCUUGAAGGAACAAGGCUACGACCCGUUCACGGAAGAUCUGGAUCAUCUGGUAGGGUACAAAGGAAGCCACCUCUUAGAUGACCAGAAGAUUUCUUGAUAUCUUUUUUUUUUCCCUUGAAGGACAAAACUAAGGUUUU